UUGUUUACUACCAUCUUACAUUCAUGUGACCAUCACAAGGAAGUGCAGAGCAAUGGACAGGCUCUCGUCCUAGCGUCGACUUUUACCUCUAUUUUCAACAUUUAUAGAAUGACUUGUUAUCUAGUUUUAUUUCUUAGCUUAUUACUGGGUUUUAGCUUUUUCUCUCCGUUAAGAAGCAGUGAAGAACAACGGCAGAAGUGGCCUGUCCCUUACAAGAGGUUUGACUAUCGGCCGGAUGUGGACUCCUACUGCCAGGCCUUGUACCCCUUCUGUCCUACAGGAGAUCAGGAUGGAAGGAUACCUUACAUGACAGAAAGUGAUGUCAUCUCGGUUUAUCGACUACAGACUCCUGUUUGGGAAUUCAAAUAUGGAGAUCUUCUUGGAAAAGUGCAUAUUAUGCAUGACGCCAUUGGCUUCAGUAGCUUCGAGAUGAGGACUAAUUUCACCACGGAGUGGUAUGAACUGUUUCAGCUGGGCAACUGCACCUUUCCUCACCUCAGACCCAAAUUCAAUGCCCCAUUCUGGUGCAAUCAGGGAGCUGCCUGCUUUUUUGAAGGCAUAGAUGAUUUACACUGGUCUCAAAAUGGCACGUUGGAAAAAAUAGGUGAAAUCUCAGGCAACCAGUUCAAUGACUUGGCCAAGUGGGUGCAGCAGGACAACAGCACUGGUAUUUACUAUGAAACCUGGACCGUGCGCUCGGACCCAAGCUCCAAUGCCACAGUUUGGUUUGAGUCCUAUGACUGCUCCCAAUUUGUUCAUCGCACAUACAGGAAACUGACUGAACUGGGGGCUAAACUGUCCAGUCGAACACAAACCAACUACACAAAGAUCUACUUGUACAGUGGAGAACCAAGAUACCUGGGAAACGACAGUGCUAUCUUUGGCCAGCCUGCACUGGAAAACCUAGCAAAGGACAUUAGGAAAUUUUACUACAUGUUCAGGCCUCAUCAGUCCUAUGUUGACAUAGUUGUUAGUCUGUUGGAAGCUUAUGACAAAGUUGUGCUGGACAAAAGUUUUUACCUUUAUUACAACUUUGAAUACUGGUAUUUGCCAAUGAAAUAUCCGUAUAUACAGAUCACAUAUGAGGAAGUACCAUUACCGUGACAUCUGAUGUGCAAAUACACCACAGUCACAUCAAAGCUGAUAAUUUUGAGUUUUGUAAUUAAUGAGUUUAAGACAAUACUGAUGAAUGACUAAUUUACUAUGAUAAAACUAAUAAAAUAUCUUAAUGUAUAUACCAAA